AUGUAUAUGGAACCAGAGCAUUAUUUUCCUUCUCCUUCACUCUGCUUAACCAGGUGGUGGUCGAAGGAGACAGUGGCGGUGGUGACUGGAGGGAACAAAGGAAUAGGGUUUGCACUGGUGAAGCGCCUUGCCGAGUUGGGACUCAAUGUGGUCUUAACUGCCAGAGACACACAAAAAGGGGAGGCUGCGUUGGAGGCUCUCAAAGCACAAGGCCUUUCUUCUCGUGUUCACUUUUUACUCCUCGAUGUCUCUGAUCCUCUUUCUAUCACUGCCUUCGCAUCCUCCUUCCAAGCACAAUUUGGAGCCACCUUGGAUAUUCUCGUGAAUAAUGCGGGGGUAUCAUUCAAUGAGCUAGACGAGAAUUCGGUGGAGCACGCGGAAAGCGUCAUCAGAACCAACUUCUACGGUCCAAAGUUGCUAAUUGAGGCUCUCCUCCCCCUCUUUCGUUGCUCUACUUCUUCCAUCACUCGUGUUCUCAAUCUUAGCUCUAGGCUCGGCUCUCUCAAUAAGGUGAGAAAUGAGGAGAUAAGAGGAGUUCUAGCGCGUGAGGAGUUGUUGGAGGAGGAGAUCGAGGGAGUGGUGAGAAUGUUCCUAAGAGAUGUGAGGAAUGGGACGUGGAAGAGGCAAGGGUGGCCAUCGUACUGGACGGAAUACGCGGUGUCAAAGCUGGCUUUGAAUGCAUACUCGAGGGUGUUGGCGAAGAGAUAUUCGUAUGAGGGAAGUGGGUUGAGUGUGAACUGCUUUUGCCCUGGCUUCACCCAAACCUCCAUGACUAAGGGCAAGGGCACCCACACCGCCGAUCAUGCCGCCUCACUUGCAGCCACACUUGCCUUGCUUCCGCCGCACCACUUGCCCACCGGAAAGUUCUUUUUGCUUGGAAAGAUGAGCACCUCCCUUAACACUACUGCUACUUCUAAACUGUGA